AACCACUACAUAGACUGGAACAACUCAUUCUGCCUGUGAACACAAGUCAAGAUGACAGCUACAAAGUCAGCACCAGCCGGACAUCAAGUCAAUGUCCUGUUUGUCUGUCUUGGGAACAUCUGUCGGUCUCCCAUGGCCGAGGGGGUCUUUCGGAACAUGGCUGCCUCCCAUCCUCUAAUCAACGAGAUCGAUUCCGCCGGCACAGGCGCUUAUCAUACCCACGAACCCCCUGAUUCUCGCACCAUGUCUACUCUCCGCCAACACGGAAUCAAGAACUACAACCAUGCCGCCAGAAAGGUCACCAAGGACGACUUCCUUAAAUUCGACUAUCUCAUGGCCAUGGAUAAGUACAACUUGCGCGACCUCCUGGAUGUGCGCGAAUCGGUCAUAGCUUCCUUGAACAAGUCCAAGAAGGGCACCCGGACGGCGAGUGGAGAGGCGGGUGCUAAGGUUGCGGAUGUACGGUUAUUUGGGGACUUUGGAGCCGGUGGAGUGUUGCAUGAACGUGUUGGGGGUGGUGAGGUGGUGCAGGACCCUUAUUAUGGGGGUGUCAAUGGAUUCGAGGAGGUUUACCAGCAAGUAGUUCGGUUCUCGAAGGGCUUUUUGGAUUACCUAGAGAAGAACCAGGGUGAUGAGCCGGAUAACUGAACGACUAUAUGCGAAGGAGGCCAUGCGUUUAGUGGCUUCCCCUUGCAUCGGAGCGAGGUUGAGAAGAAGUGACUAAGAUACCCAGCGCUUGUUUAGACCUUGAUCGAUUGAAGCGUGAGCCAAUGCUUUGCAGGCGUGUUUUGACAUCCGUAUAGUACAUGCUAGAGACAUAGAAUGUAG